AUGCAACAUUCAAAAACUCUUUAUGAGAAAGGGAUCUUAAAAAAUAUAAGAAUGUUAACACAACGGCAAUACUCGAAUUUUAAAUUCGUGGCCCGUUUGGAUCAAAUAAAAACAUUUUACACGGGCAUAAAAGCAUUGAGUUUUGAAAACAAUGGCAAAUUCCAAAUAAGUGAGGAUGGCCUACGUGUCACCGUGGAAGAGGGCCAAAGUGUACAGGCGAAUCUCUAUAUGACUGCUUCAUGUUUUGCUGAGUUUCACGUAGUAGAUAUGGUAACCUUUGGCAUAAACAUGAGCAUCAUCUCCGAGUGUUUAGGUCUUUUCGCCGGCAUGCCAUGCAGCUUGAAAAUGUUCUAUAAAGGUCACGGUGCACCACUUGUACUUGUUCUACGACCCAACGAUGAGGCUGACAUUUCGGCUGAGUGCUCCAUUAAAACUACCAACGUUGAAGAUGUAAUCGAUUACAAUCUUGACGAGGAUAGUCCAAGCUUAAAUGUGGUCUUUGUAAGAGGACCUGCAUUGGCGCAUCUCUUUCAAGAGCUAAACAAGGCAGCGGAUGAGUUGAGAAUAAUUUUAUCACCACGACAGCCGCAUUUUAAAAUCGAAACUUUGGGUGUAAUGAAAACCGAGACUUUUGUUGAGGUAGCCAAAACUAGUGAUAUGAUGAUGUUGUUCAAUUGUCGUGAGACUACAUCGGCAUGCUACCGUAAUAGUGAGAUGCGUCUGACACACAAAGCCUUGGCGGCCGCCACCAAAGUGGCGAUAAAAACCGAUUUGAGUGGUUUACUGGAGAUGCAUUUUAUGAUGCAGUCCGAGGAGCAGACAGAAGUUUAUGUACAGUUUUAUAUAAUGCCGCUGGCGGAUAUUUAAGAUGUAUUGUUGCCGUUUUUUUUUGUGAGUUACUGAAAAAAAUCAUUUGCAUUACGCGGAAUUAUAUUUCUCAUCAACUA